AUCCGUUAUGGUUUCUGAUUUAUGUAGCUAUUUGCAUUUCCGCUGAAAAUUCACGUGGAAAAAAAAUCGAAAAAUUAUAUUCAUUUUAUGAUUUUGGUUUAGAAAUAUGUCGACAGAGGAGAUAACGGAAGCUGUGAAUCUACUGAGUGCUGUGGAGUCUCAGACCCAGGAUGUGACAAAAUUAGUAGAACACCUCCUGAAGAAAGCCACAGAAAAUGAGUACAAUACAUCAAAAGGAAUAAGUUUUCUGGAAUUGAAGUACCAGCUUUUACUUAGCUACCUGAUGAAUCUGACCUACAUAAGCCUACAGAAGUCGCAGGGAUCCAGUAUACAGGAUGACCCUGCCAUAGAUCGACUCAUUGAAAUAAGAACGGUUUUGGAAAAAAUGAGACCAAUUGAUAAAAAAUUAAAAUACCAGGUAGAUAAAGUAGUCAGAACAGCAGCCAGUGGUGGGACAGAUUCUUCAGACCCUCUUAGAUACAGAGCUAAUCCUGAAAACCUCAUAAGCAAGUUGGAUGAUGAAUCAGAAUCGGAAUCGGAGGGAGAAGAAAAGAAAUCCAAGAUAUAUCACCCACCAAAACUCACAGCCAUGCACUAUGAGGGAGAUGAAACAGAGAUGGACAAAGAUCAAAAGGUCCUGGAGAGGGCCAAAAAGCGGGCCCUCAGUACCAGCAUGCUCAGGGAACUACGAGAGGAAUUCAGCGAGGGACCGACAGAGAUCAGGGAAACAACGAGCACACAGAGGUCGAGAGCUGAAAGGAAAUUAAGGGAGAGAACUCAUUAUGAAGAGGAGAAUUUCAUGAGAUUUUCUGUGUCAAAGAAAGACAAGAACGAAAUGAAGAGAGUGGCUGGAUUGUCCUCGUUAAACAAUCUGACGCAUUUCGAUGACAUCAGCGCUCUCACAGAGGGCCGAGCCCCACAGGCUGGAGGAUCUUCCAAGAAAAGAAAACAUGGUGGAAAGGGUAAAAAAGGAAAGAAAGGUUUUAAAAAGAAGAGAAAACAUUGAAAUUAAAAAGGAACAGAAAGGAAAUUAUAUGGUCAUUAACUUGCAUACGUGAACAUCUAUUGCAGUACUUUUUGACAUGCCUCUGUGAUAUAUAUAAUUAUUAUAUAUAUAUUAAGUAUCAAUUUCCAUGUAAUGUAAAUUGCACCGAAAUACAAUUAUAUCUGAUGGAAUGACAAUCUGCAUGUAAUAUAGUGCAAUUUGUAAUAUUGGGAGAUUACAGAAUGUGAUUGUGUUCAGUCAAAUUGCUGUUUAAAUAAUUUACAUAAAUGCAGUGAAAUUGGCAAAAUUCUGUAAUUUGUUCUUUUGAAGUAUGAUGAUAUCAAUAAUACAUAAUCAUAUUUUACGCUGACUAAAAUGUUAUUGAUUAUGACAUUGCUUCAAGAAAUUAAGGGAAAUACAUAAAAUAAAUGUUUGAUUUUAAA